AUGAGGGGGGCCUUCAAAACCCUGCUGAGCAAAGCGCUGAGAAGAAUCGAAAAUGGGUUUUCGCCGCCCACGGGAAAGACUCGCUUCGCACACGCGGGUGGAGGUGCAAGUGGUGCAAGUGGUGCAAGUGGGGCAAGUGGUGCAAAUGGUGCAAGCGGCUCUGGUGGCCGCGACUGGGCGGGCGCGCCCUUGCAGUUGGCCCUGUGGUGCGCGGGGAAUCGUGGGCGGAGCGGCGCGGGUGACGGGGAGAGGGGCCACCCGGGUGAUCGCGCCUGCGGGCGGACGGCCCUCCUGGCCGCGGCGACGAUUGGUGGACUGCACCUGCUGCUGAGCGGCGCAGAGGAAGGGGAGCAAACGGGGAAGACGAACAAAAAAAGAAGGACCCUUUUUUUCCCCCAAUAUAUGAGAAACGAAAUAGCUAGCUGCUGUGGAAUCAUGGCAUAUCUCGGCAAUAGAGACGCUUCAAAAAUUUUAUUUGACGGCAUAGAGGUGCUGCAAAAUAGGGGGUACGAUUCCUGUGGGAUGUCCACAAUAAGCCGGAGCAGUGGGACCCUGAAAACGACCAAAUAUGCGAGCAGCUCGACGAGUGACGCGAUAGAAAAGUUGAGAGGGAACUACUCAGCUAGCCACAAAAAUGAUAACAUAGGAAUUGCACACACGAGGUGGGCAACCCAUGGCUGCAAGGUAGAUGAAAAUGCUCACCCACAUAUGGAUUACAACGAGCGGAUUAGCAUCGUCCACAAUGGUAUUAUUGAAAACUACAGAGAGUUGAAGACCUUCCUGUUGGGGAAGAAGAUCCCCUUUAGGUCGAAUACAGACACUGAGGUGGUAGCCAAUUUGAUAGGAUACUUCCUAGACCAGAGGGAGAGCUUCCAAAACGCAGUGCUCUCCGCAAUUAGGCAGUUGGAGGGUACUUGGAGCUUCUGCAUAAUACAUAGGGAUCACCCAGAUGAGAUGAUCCUCGCAGCGAAUGGAUCUCCAUUACACAUCGGCUUCAAGGACAACGAAAUAUUUGUGGCCUCCGAGCACUCGGCCCUCUUCAUGUUUACCAAUGAAUACAUUUCUUUGAAAAAUGGAGAAAUUCUAUCCAUAAAUAAGGACAAAAUAAAUGAUCUGAAAAUGGAGAAGAAGGUGGGAAGCAUACCAGAAGUGGUCAUACAGAAGACCCCCCACCCCUUUCCUCACUGGACACUUAAGGAGAUACACGAGCAGUCAAUUACCCUAUCGAAGACGCUAAAUAAUGGAGGCAGAUUUAGCAUCCUCAAUAGCUCCGUAAAAUUAGGAGGUCUAGAUCCCUAUGUGGAAGAACUCUCCAAAAUUGAAAAUAUCAUUCUAAUAGGAUGUGGCACAUCCUACUAUGCCGCUCUCUUUGCAAAAUAUGUUAUGCAAUAUUUGAGUUGCUUCAACACAGUGCAAGUUAUGGACCCCAUAGACUUCAACGUGUCGGUGGUCCCCAAGGAGAAAGAAGGAGUUAUCUUCAUUUCGCAAAGCGGAGAAACUCGAGAUGUCAUUAAAGCUUGCAAAUUAGCUGACGAUUUGAAUUUGAAGAAGCUAUCCGUUGUGAACUCCGUUGGAUCUACCAUUGCUAAUAUGACUGGACGGGGUGUAUAUCUAAAUGCGGGUAGAGAGGUGGGAGUCGCUUCCACCAAAUGCUUCACAGCUGAAGUGUCUGUACUUACCUUAAUAGCCAUUUGGUUUUUUCAAAACAAAAAGGGAACCUACCAUUCUUCACACUCUAAAGUUAGUUCCCUAAUCAAUUCCAUGCAUAGGCUUCCUCUAUACGCUGGCACAACUGUUAAAUCGUGUGAAGCAAAGUGCAAGCAGUUGGCUACUAAACUGACGAAUGCUAAGUCUAUGCUCAUCGUUGGGAAUGGCUUGAGCUACCCAAUCGCUUUGGAGGGAGCUUUAAAAAUUAAAGAAUUGACUUACAUUCACUGUGAAGGGUUUACGGGAAGUGCCUUGAAACAUGGGCCCUAUGCUCUCCUGGGGGGGGAAGACAACCUGCCGGUCAUUAUGCUGGUCUUUAAUGAUCCCUCCAAAAAUGUAAUGAUGAAUACUGGUGAGCAGAUAAAGUCGAGGGGGGCGCACAUCAUUUGCCUGACGGACGAUGAGGAUCUGUGCAAGCACUUCGCCGAUGACAUCAUUUUGAUCCCCAACAACGGGCUGCUCACGCCCCUGCUCGCCGUCAUCCCCCUGCAGAUGCUCGCCUACUACACCGCCGUCGCGCGCGGCAACAACCCCGACCGCCCGCGCUGCCUCGCCAAGACGGUCACCGUUGCGUAG